AUGGAAUGGAUGCUCAAUUGCAGAGACAUUGACUACAGAGGUGUUCAAAAUGUUCAAUAAAUUUUAUUUUAAAAAACAUUUUUAACUUAGAUGUGCUUUGUUAGCACUUAUUUCAUAGAUAUUUGA